GUGGUGGUGUCUCAAUCCAACAGUGGAUAGACCCUGGCUUCUGCUGCUGCUGCUCAUGAUGAGGAUGAUGAUCAUUAAUGCAACCCACUCAUCUCUCCAUCUCUGUUUGUCUCCCACACAGCUACCGCCCGGACAAGAUCUGACGAUGAGCCCUUCACGCUCUCAGGCGCCGCUGAGGAUGAGGAUGAUGGUGCUGCUGAUGAUGAUUCUGCUGAUGACGAUGAUAUCCGUCGCCACGCCGACUGACAUCUCCGACCACAAUCCACAUCAUCAUAUGCAGCAGCAGCAGCAGGAGGAUGAGGAGGAGGAGCAUCACCACCACCACCACCACCACGAUCGCCGUGAUCAUCAUCACGAUGGUCAUCGCCAUGAUCAUCAUCAUCACGCCACUGCCCUAAUCUCGCUUGAGGGGCCAGAGUCGGAGUCCGACUCCGCGUCGGCGAGGAGGGGAGAAACGAUGGGGGAGACGGUCAGGAAAGGGGGCAGGCUUAGGGGCAGCACAGGGCCCGAGAGGGAGGAAGGGGAUGAGAUGAUGGGGGAGACGGUCAGGAAAGGAGGCAGGCUUAGGGGCGGCACAGGGCCCGAGAGGGAGGAAGGGGAUGAGAUGAUGGGGGAGACGCUCAGUAAAGGAGGCAGGCUUAGGGGCGGCACAGGGCCCGAGAGGGAGGAAGGGGAGGAGAUGCUGGGGGAGACGCUCAGGAAAGGAGGCAGGCUUAGGGGCAGCACAGGGCCCGAGAGGGAGGAAGGGGAUGAGAUGAUGGGGGAGACGGUCAGGAAAGGAGGCAGGCUUAGGGGCGGCACAGGGCCCGAGAGGGAGGAAGGGGAUGAGAUGAUGGGGGAGACGGUCAGGAAAGGAGGCAGGCUUAGGGGCAGCACAGGGCCCGAGAGGGAGGAAGGGGAGGAGAUGACGGGGGAGAUGGUCAGGAAAGGGGGCAGGCUUAGGGGCAGCACAGGGCCCGAGAGGGAGGAAGGGGAGGAGAUGACGGGGGAGACGGUCAGGAAAGGGGGCAGGCUUAGGGGCAGCACAGGGCCCGAGAGGGAGGAAGGGGAUGAGAUGAUGGGGGAGACGGUCAGGAAAGGGGGCAGGCUUAGGGGCAGCACAGGGGCCGAGAGGGAGGAAGGGGAGGAGAUGACGGGGGAGAUGGUCAGGAAAGGGGGCAGGCUUAGGGGCAGCACAGGGCCCGAGAGGGAGGAAGGGGAGGAGAUGAUGGGGGAGACGGUCAGGAAAGGGGGCAGGCUUAGGGGCAGCACAGGGCCCGAGAGGGAGGAAGGGGAGGAGAUGAUGGGGGAGAUGGUCAGGAAAGGAGACAGGCUUAGGGGCAGCACAGGGCCCGAGAGGGAGGAAGGGGAUGAGAUGAUGGGGGAGACGCUCAGGAAAGGGGGCAGGCUUAGGGGCGGCACAGGGCCCGAGAGGGAGGAAGGGGAGGAGACGAUGGGGGAGACGGUCAGGAAAGUGGGCAGGCUUAGGGGCAGCACAGGGCCCGAGAGGGAGGAGAUGAUGGGGGAGAGUGGGGAGCGGGGAGUGAUGAUCAGGAAAGCGGGCAGGCUUAGGGGCAGCACAGGGCCCGAGAGGGAGGAGAGAAGGAAACAGCGGCGGAGGGAGCGGAGGAGACGCAAGGGGAAGGGGAGAACCAAAGCGAAGGGAACACGACGCGCCGGUAACCAUGGUAACAACGGCACGUGGGACCAGCGCCUAGCAACCACAUCACCCUCCAUCACCAUGGCAACCAAACUGACUCUUAACAACAAGGCAGUGUCCCAGAGCCCAGAGUUGGACAUGAAUCUCUUUGACUGGGGUGAUUACGAAGAUCACGAGACAGCAGAAGUGAGGAAUGGCAGCCAGAGGGUUGCCAUGGAGACAUCGACACCGACACCAUGUGACCACCAUCGCAACUGCCCAUUGGGCUCGUGCUGUGAGCCUCGCCUCCACAGCUGCUCCGCUCACAAUCGCGGCAUCAACAACAAGUGCUUUGACGACUGCAUGUGCUCAGAAGGACUCCGUUGCUACGCCAAGUACCAGAGGAGGAGUCACGUGACGCGCAGGAAGGGGCGGUGCGUCGACGCGGCGUCGGCCAAUCGGGAGCAGGGGUCCUUCCUGUCUGAUUAAUAUUCAUGAGCUGGAGGGGUGUGGGCGGGGGGGUGGUACGUCAAUUGGCGUGCGAUGGGCGCGCGCAAGUUUGAAGCGUCACCGCCGGGGUCUGUCCGCUGCUGUGUGUGAAGCCAUCACCGCCGUCGUCAUCGUCGUCACCGUCGUCAUCAUCGUCAUCAUCACCAUCACCAUCGUCACCACCACCAUCACCACCAUCAUCACCAUCACCACCAUCACCAU